CAAAAAAGGAGGGCAACAAACUAAACACAAAAAGCAGUUUUAAAGAAAUGUGUGUUUUUUUAUUUAGUGUUGUUCGAAACGAUGUCCGACGAAAGAAGCUCCCAAGCACGUUGGAGAAGGGAAAAAAAAGGCGAAUGCCUCACAGCAAUGCUUGGUUGACUGAACGUCUACGGUACGGUAGUGCUGCUGACAGAAAGAGACACGUUGUAAUCGUGACUGUCCAAAGCAGUGCACGCCUUCUUAAUGUUUCACCUAAUCAUAAGCUGUGUUUCCAGCCCAAUGAUGCACACGGUUUUUAUAUAUGAGGCACUCCAGAUUUGAUCCGUGAGAUGUUUACACAGCGCAUCACCAGCUGCAGGGGGGGAAGGAUAAAAAAAAGACCCUGUCAAUUGCCACCUCUUCUCCAGUCUGCUCGCCGCAAAGCAGCUUAUGAAUGGCGUCAUCAUUUCCAUUUAGGUUGGUGUCACAGUUGCUGCGUCCCAUCUGCUUUCUGCUUAAUUUAGUUGUUUAUGACAUUGCCGCUAUGCAUUUGAGAGAGAGAGAACCAACCGCUGGACCUCGCUCGACAGCUUGGAGGGUUUCAGGCUUUCUCAUUACAGCAGUUUCACGAUUAGCAAGCGAGUGCGCGUGAGCUUCCUUCUGCGUUCGCCGCACUUCCCGGCUAGGAGCUGUCCGACCUCGGCGAGACCGUUGCUGAUUUUGAGCGUUCAAGUCAAAAUAAACAGCGCACGGAGCGGCGUGUAGCGUUGCGCGUUCGUCAGGUGAGCCGUGUGCCGAGUAAAAUUUUUUUUUUAAGAAUAAGAAGUAGGGAGCUGUCAUCGGGGAAACACCGCUCGGCAGUCUUGCCAGCCAGAGAAGACCUUCGACGGCAGUCGCUUGUGGUUGGGACGGAAAGGAUUGUCACUCGGCGGCCAGUAGAUUGUUUUCGUCUUCCCCCUCUGCAAAGCUAGCAGAGAGCGUGCCUGCACAUUGAACACCCCCCGGGGUGCUUGCGAUAGAACCUGCUUCUCACAGCGAUGUACAAGAAAGCGGCCAAGACCCCGUCCAGGGCUGUGUCCAGGCUGUGCGAGAUGAGCUUUCAGUCGUUCUUGUGUCCAGUGAUGGAGGAGAAUGUGCCACCUGACCUGACGGAGGAGGAGCAGGAGGAGUUGGCCAGCAUUCGCCGACGCAAGCAAGAGCUAGUGGUCGACAUUCAGAGGCUCAAAGACGAAAUCUCGGACGUGAUGACCGAGAUCGCGAGCCUGGACAAUGCCGAGGAGAGCAAAAUCGUGCAGAGGAAUAAACAAAUGUCCAUGGGGAGAAAGAAAUUUAACAUGGACCCUAAAAAGGGAAUUCGGUUCCUGACAGAAAACGAGCUUCUGAAGAACACGCCUGAGGAUAUCGCUCAGUUCCUCUACAAGGGGGAAGGCCUCAACAAGACGGCCAUUGGGGAAUACCUUGGAGAAAGGGAUGACUUCAACAUCCAGGUACUGCAUGCCUUCGUGGAGCUACACGAGUUCGCCAACCUCAACCUGGUGCAGGCGCUAAGGCAAUUCCUGUGGAGCUUCCGGUUGCCCGGAGAGGCGCAGAAGAUCGACCGCAUGAUGGAGGCGUUUGCCACGCGCUACUGCCAGUGCAACGCGGGCGUGUUCCAGUCGACCGACACCUGCUACGUGCUCUCGUUCGCAAUCAUCAUGCUCAACACGAGCCUCCACAACCCCAACGUGCGCGACAAGCCCACCACCGAGCGCUUCAUCCUCAUGAAUCGCGGCAUCAACGACGGCGGGGACCUGCCGGAGGAGCUGCUCAGGAACCUGUACGACAGCAUAAAGAACGAGCCGUUCAAAAUUCCCGAGGACGACGGCAAUGACCUCACGCACACGUUCUUCAACCCUGACCGGGAGGGCUGGCUACUCAAACUAGGAGGAAAGGUGAAGACCUGGAAGAGGCGGUGGUUCAUCUUGACGGAUAACUGCCUCUACUACUUUGAGUACACAACAGACAAGGAACCGCGGGGAAUCAUCCCCCUGGAGAAUCUGAGCAUACGGGAGGUGGACGACCCCAAGAAGCCUAACUCCUUCGAGCUGUUCCUCCCCAACAACAAGGGUGGGGUGAUCAAGGCGUGCAAGACGGACACGGACGGCCGCGUGGUGGAGGGGAAGCACAUGGUCUACCGCAUCUCGGCACCUUCGCCUGAGGAGAAGGACGAGUGGAUCAAGUGCAUCAAGGCAAGCAUCAGCAAGGACCCCUUCUAUGACAUGCUGGCCACACGGAAAAAGAGGAUUUCCAUAAAGAAGAGGCAGACAUAAUGGGGGACCUGUAUGUUGCGAGUACUCAACGAAUGUACAUGCAAGUAAGAGGACGACUGCCUGCCUGCCUGCCUGCUUACCAGCUGUGCGCAAACCUUGUGAGACGCUUCACCACAAGAGGAUCGCUGCAGGCACCAAGGAAAGUGCGAUCAGCAGGCAGUGACGCGCGCACAACUUGCGGGAAACUUCUGCGAGACCGCCGGAUAUCUGGGACGAGACCUCAGAGAUUGAAAGACACUUGCACGCUCGGAGAAAGACGGUGGUGGGGGGGGGGGGGGGGGCGGUUUACGCAUCGGCGUUUUCGCGCAGUGUGCUCGCAGGUGCAGCGUCCGCGCUGGUGGAUUUUGUACAAACGCGCGUGUAAAUCUUGUACGUGUGCAGCACACGCACGCACCACUCGCAAAGGGCCUGGCAUUGGGGAGUGGGGGGGGGGGCGGGGGGUUUGAGUGUGUGGCGGCCGGUAAUGCAACGCAACCGCGAAUUGCAAUCAUUGGGUUUAACACGUAGGCUUUCGCGACCAAUAUUAUUCAUAAUAAAGGUUUUUGUGUUAGAUCGCGUUAUUUAUAAAUGUGUCGUAACCCUCCAC